AUGUGCUCUACAUGCAUUGCAUUUAUAAAUGAGUCAAUUAAAUUUCGUAAACGCUGUGAAGAUGCUCAGAAAUCUUUAUUAGAUCACAAGAUUCAUGAUAUUAAGUCUGAAACACCAUACAUUUUAAAAAUAGAAUAUGAAAAGGCAACGACAAUAGAUAUAUCUGAAUUUUUACCACCUGAUGAUGACUUUAAAGAUUAUGAUGAUAACAUUACACUAGAUAACUUGCAGUACAGUAAUUGUGAAAUUUCUGAACACAAAAUCUGUAAUAUGCCGGAUGAACCAUUGCAAAAAGAAUUUGAACCUAGAAUGUUAGAUAUAAUCGAAAACCCAGAAAAAAUAGUUUUUAACAAUAAAACAAAUAAAAAAGACAAUGUUAAAAUUAAACCUAGGAGAACAGUAAAGAAUAAAAUUGAGAACCGAGAAAAGGAGAAAGAGUCAAAGAAAGCAAAGGCUGAAAGAGUGAAAGAGGAGAUUGAAUGUGAAUAUUGUCAUAAAAUAUUAACAUCAAGGUUGUCAUUACGUAACCAUUACAAGAUACACACAGGUUUUGAUGUAGUUUGCGAGCACUGUGGUAAAAAAUUUAUUACCCGUCGCCUCCUGUUGAUGCACUGUCGCGCGAAGCACGGCUACGAGAAAACAGACAAGUGUUCCUACUGCGACUACAGGGCUUCUAAUGCUGAGCAGGUGAAGGUAGGUUUAUAUGUGUAG